AUGGCGCGUGAGCUGCUGCCUGGAGAGGAUGAGGAGACGCUGGCGGAGAAGGGCGUGUGCUUCCCGCGCGUGCGCGUGUCAGAGGCCCAGAUAGAGGGGGCGCUGGCACAAAGCAUCCCAGUGGUAUCGGUGGCAGCGGGGCUGCAGGCGGCCUGGCCCAGCGGAGGCGGCGGCGGCGGCAGUGGGGGCAGCGGGGGCAGCAGCGGCAGCGCUGGCGGCCUCCUAGGCGCUGCCGCGGGUGUGGCGCGGCUGCUUCAGGCUAGACUUGGCAUACCCCUGCCCUGGCCGCUGCAGCCGCGCGCCCCCAUUGCCCCGCCGCCACCGGAGCUGCUGGCCUGGCACGCCCAGCGCCAGUGGCUCGCGGUCGGCCACGCGCCCACUGAUUCCGUCCUCGUGUACGACCUAGACAGCGCCCCGGGGGACGGGUCCGAGGCGGUUGACGAGGCGAGGUUCGUGCUGACUCAUGAGCUGCAGCGCGGCCUGUCGUGCCUGGCCUGGCGCCCCGUGCACUGCACCAUGGUCGCCGCCGGCGUGGAGGGCGGCGCGCUGCUGUGGGCGCUGGGGCGGCAGCCGCUGGCCGCGGCGGGGGCCCAGCGCGGCGCGGGCGGCGCUGCGUGGGCGUCGUUCCUCCACUUUGCGGACGGCUGCAGGGUGACGGCGCUAGCCUGGUGCCCCGACGGCCAGCGGCUCGCGGGCGCCAGCGAGGACUGCAGCCGCGUGGUGGUGUGGGACGCCGCCCUGGGCACGGGCGCGCUCGUGCGGCUGGGGCUGGACCCCGUGGCGCUGCUGCGGUGCGCGGUCGCCGCCGCGGCGUGGGCGCCCUCGGGCCGCGUGCUGCUGCUGGCUUUCAGCGGCGCGGGCGGCGGCUCAGGCGGCGGCGCGGGUGCGGGGAGCCCUGGUGGCGGUGGCGGCGGCGGCGUGGUGGCGCUGCAUCUGGUGGGCGACCCUCCCAGCCUGUUGGAGCAGGUACUGCCGGUAACGCUGCCGGAGGUGACAUCACUUGACAGGCUCCCGGGCGGCCCCCUGCCCCCGCUUGCUGCAGCGGUGUCCGACAUGGCCUGGGACCCCUCCGGCCGCCGCCUGGCGGUGCUGCUGCGCGCCCCGCACCCCGCGGCGGGGCUGGUUGCGGUGUACAGCACGGUCCUGUCGCCCCUGCUGCAUGCGGAGCUCAUUGGCUUCGCACGCCCGCUGGCGGCACGGCCCCGCGGCGGCGGCAAGGGAGGCGGCGCUGCCGAGGACGACGCCGCAGGGCCGCACGGAGGCGUGGGCGGCGGCGGCGCGGCGGCGGCGCUGGCGUUUGCGGCGGCGCCUGCCAAGGGUGGCGCGGUGCUGAGCGUGGCUGGCUGGGUGCAGGGCGGGCGGCUUGAGGUAGCCAACCUCGCGUUGGCCCUGUGA